AUGCGGUCGCCGGCGCUGGGCGCUCGUGCCGCUUCGCGGGGCCCCUACGGCGGCGCGCGGCCCGCGGGCGCGCGCGGCCUUCGCGGGGCCCGGCGGCCGCCCGCUUCUCGGGGCCUGGCCUGCGGUGGGCGCGGGCGCAGGCCGCGCGCGCCCAGCUUCGCGGGGCCCGUGGGGCGUUGGCUGGCCGCGUGGCGCGAGGCCCGCCGCUCGGUGCCCGGCGAGCGGUGCGGCGGGCGCGCGCGCGCGGUGCCCCCCUCCCCGGGCCCCGGGGACGCUGUCGUCGUUCGGGGGUCCCGCGGCGUUGCGCCGCGCGGCGCGCGGCCGCGCGUUCCGGGCCCGGCGGGCGGUGCGCGGCCGCGGGCCCGCGGCCCCGGUGUGCCCGUUCCUGGGGCCCGGCGGCCUGUGCGGGCCGCCCCGGUUCCGCCACCGGUCCGCCCGGUCGCGCCUCGGCGCGCCCCUGACCCGAGGGCGCGGGCGGGGGUCCGCGGUGCGCGGCCGGCCGUCCGGCCCGGCGCCCAGGGCCGGGCGCGGGCCCGCCCGUGCGUGUGGCGCGGGCGCGCCGCCCGCGGCUGCGGUCGGGCGCGCGGUCGCCGGGGGGCACUGUGCGCGGCGGCCCGACGCGGCCGCGAGGCUGUUAAACGCGCGCCCCCCGAUCCCGCUGCGCGGGCGCGCGGGCCGGGCUGCCGGCUCCCGUCCGCGCUGACUGCGCCGGGGGGGGGGUCCCGCGCUGUCCUCCUCCUAGCUCCUCCCCCGCUGCUCUCUCUGGCGCGCCCCGGCGCCGCACGGAGCGGGCGGCGGCGGCGGAGGCCGCCGCCGCCCCGUGGCUGGCCCCGGCCGUGCCGCCCGCCUCCCCUCGGCGGGCCCCCGCGUGGCCCGGCAGCCGCCGGCCCCGUCGGCGGGUCACCGCCGUGCCCGCGCCGCUUCCCCCUCGAGGCGGUGGCCCCGCAGGGCCGCGGCCGCCCCGGCGGCGGCUUCACCGCCGCCCCGCGCUGCGGCGGGGGGGUCGGCGCGGCGUCCCGUCUCGGUGGCGGCGCGGGCGCCCCCGGCCGGGGCGGCGGCGCCGGCGGCGGCGGCGGCAGGCGGCGGCCGCCACGCCGCCGCCGCCGCCGCCGCCGCCGCCACGCCGCCGCCUCCGACGCCGACCGCCGCGCCGCCGCCGACGCCGCCGCCGCAGAGGGGGGGCCGCGGGGGAGCGGCUGCGGCGGCGGACGGCGCCCGCGCCGCCGCCUCCGCCGCCGCCGCCUCCGCCGCCACCGGCCGCUCGGGGCCGCGGCGGGCCCCCCUGUCCGCGGCGGCGGGCUCGCCCCCUCACGCCGCCACCCCGCCGACGUUGGCGGCGCGGCGGCGGCGGCGGCGAGGGCGUCCGCUACGGCGGCGCCGCUGGGUUCGCGCGGCGGCGUGCGGCGGCGGAGGCGGCCGCGCGCGGCCCAGCGUCUGC